GAUCUUUCGUAAACACGGAAGUAACCAUUGUGGGAAAAGCGAAGGUUCUGUUAUGGCUCAAUUCAUUAUUUAAACUAUUUUAUUAGUAGUAUUAUUUAAUGCUUUCAAGUUCAACAUUUAAUAUACAUACAGACCAUAUAUCUAUCCAUGGUCAAGUAAUGUUUUCCGGGUAAAAAACAAACAAACAAACUGGUACACUUGACAAGGGCGCCUACGCAGUGUUUCCUCGCCGACAUGCUGUGGAGAUCCUCGGGUUGUGAGUACCAAAGCCUUCCGCAGAGCGACUGGAGCUGCGACUCGCAUGUUUCUGUGGGCGGCGCCGUACAGUCUCCGUAUCUGCGAGGGGGAAACUCGUUUGACUUUGUCCCCAAAAUUACGGACGGCGACUUCACAGUUACCGAUCUGUGUUUCCUCUCAAGACCGAUCCCAGGGCUGGCUCUCCUGGCUGUGCCAGCUGAUGGUCACCCUUCUGGUCUAUGUUUUUGUCUUUUUCACAUUCCCGUUGUCUGCUUGGUUUGUCCUCAAGGUGGUGCCCAAUUACCAGAGGAUCGUCGUGUUCCGUCUGGGCCGGAUCCGCCCCCCAAAAGGGCCCGGCGUGGUCCUGAUACUGCCUUUCAUUGACCAAUGGCAGAGAGUUGAUCUUCGCACCAGAGCUUUUAACAUCCCGCCUUGCCAGGUGACCACCAUGGACGGCGCACUGCUGUCAGUGGGCGCUGAUAUACAGUUCAGAAUAUGGAACCCAGUUAUGUCUGUGAUAGCCGUGCAGGACCUGAAUGCCUCCACCCGUCUCACUGCGCAGAACGCUAUGACUUACACGCUCAGCAAAAAGACGGCCAGAGAAGUCCAGCUGGAGAGAGUCAAACUGGGCGAGCGUCUUGGGAUGGAUAUUAAUGACACGACUCGACCUUGGGGACUGGAGGUUGAUCGUGUGGAGCUUACAGUGGCAUCAGUGCUGCAGGCCCCAGAUGUCAGCCAGGCAGGGGGUGUCCUCGUGCCCCCCUUGAUACCUGGCUUGGAGGGCCUGGGGCCCCUGCAGGAGAUCGCAUCACGCUUUCUAAGCAGCAGUGGCUUUUCUCAGCCUGGGGGUGUUGUGAGCUUGGUGGACGAGCAAGGGUGCCGCCAUCCUGACACGCCUGCACCGUGCAGCCUGGAGGAUCUGCUGGGUGCCGUGGAGCCUCUCCUGUCUGAGCGGCUGGUCCGGCAGGUGGGGGCAUGCUUCCAGUUCAGCAUCAGCCGGAAUGAUGGCCAAGUCAGGAGCUGCUAUGUGGACUUGAGCCACGGGGCAGGGGCUUUGGGACUGGGGACACCUGACAGGGAUCCAGACGUCACCCUGCAGCUGAGUGAGGAGGACCUGCUGGCCUUGUUUGAGGGCAGCCUGCCCCCCUUCCAGGCCUAUGCCAAUGGGCGGCUGCUGGUGCAGGGUGACCUGAGCCUUGCCCUCAAGUUGGAGGAGCUCGUGAAGCUGCUGCGGCCGUGCUGAGGACAUCCUCCGCUGUGCUGCUGUGCGCUGCUCAUUGCACUUACAGGGGGAUGCAGCACACUGCCCCCCUCACGGGGCCCCACAUGGGGCCCCUCAAGGACCCCCACACCACUGCAGAUAUCAUCCUGGAUAAUUGAUAUAUGUGUUAUAUGGGCUUUAUUAUUCAUGUGAGUUUUAGCUCCAGAAGUGGCAGAUUGUUUUUAAUUGUUUUUGCUGCUUAAAUCAGCUGAAAUCUUUGGGACAGAACUAACAUUUUUGUAUUUGCAUGUAUUUGUAGAAAGAAUUGACAGGUUUUUAAGGAUUGUAUUUGCUUGUCAUUCAGUGUUGUGCAUGUCUUGUGUGCAGUGGUUUUUUAAAAUAAACUGAACAUUUUGUAAGAAGUC